AUGGACACCUUCGUGACUGACAUGGGCUCUGUGCUCAAAGACGUCCCUGUCAACCAUAAUAACAGGGACCCUGCCGCAGCCAACGCGGCUCGUGAGAAAGGAUGGGUCGAACCUGAACAGUACGAUUACGCUAAGUACACUGCUGGUCCUCCCCUCCCCAAGAUCGAGGAGGAGGGCUCCUUCGAGGCCGCUGGGGAGCCCCAGGACGUCCCUGAAUGGGCUCACAAAGCAGCGAAGUACGAAUGGAAGGAUGAGUAUGGCGAUGUUGGUCCAGAGAUCCCAGAACUCGAAGAGGAACUCUUCAGAAGUGACUUCAUCAACAGACAGGGUCUCAAGCUGAACAACCUCCAGAACAUUGAGGUCGUCGCCGAGAGUCGUGAGAGACCUAAUCCCGUCAAGAACUUCGAUGACGCUGGCCUCCACCCUAUCAUGCGUGAGAACAUCCGUCUCUGCCGCUACAACGUGCCUACUCCCAUUCAAGCCUAUGCAAUCCCUGCGAUCCUGACAGGUUCUGGCAAGACUGCCGCUUUUCUCAUCCCCGUCCUCUCGCAGCUGAUGGGUAAGGCAAAGAAGCUCGCCGCCGCUCGCCCCUACAUUGGCGCCGGCUUUGACGCAGCAGUGGAGGCCGUCCGUGCCGAGCCCUUGGUUCUGGUCGUCGCUCCGACUCGAGAGCUGUCCAUGCAGAUCUUCGACGAAGCCCGUCGUCUCUGUUACAGGUCAAUGCUGCGUCCUUGCGUCGUGUACGGUGGCGCUCCCGUUCGUGACCAGAGAGAAGAGCUCCAGAAGGGAUGCGAUAUUCUCAUCGGCACUCCUGGUAGACUGUUGGAUUUUAUGGACAAGCCUCACAUCCUGUCCCUUCGUCGCGUUAGAUACACCAUCAUCGAUGAGGCCGACGAGCUUCUCCAGUCCGACUGGGAGUCCGACUUCAACAGAAUCAUGUCCGGCGGAGACGUCAACGAGGACGCGGAUCACCGCUACAUGAUGUUCUCGGCCACUUUCAACAAGGAGUGCCGCCAGCUCGCGCGCAAGUUCCUGUCCGACGACCACGUCCGCGUCCGCAUUGGACGUCCCGGCAGUACGCACGUCAACGUCGACCAGAGAAUCGUAUUCGUCGAGGACCACCUCAAGAAGCAGGCUCUCUACGACCUGCUCCUGUCUAUGCCGCCUUCGCGCACACUUGUCUUCGUCAACUCCAAAGUCCAGGCUGAUCUGGUCGACGACUACCUCUACAACAUGGGUCUCCCCAGCACCUCCAUCCACUCGGACCGCACCCAGCGCGAGCGCGAGGACGCCCUCCGCGCCUUCCGCUCCGCUAAGUGCCCCAUCCUCGUCGCAACCGGCGUCUCCGCCCGCGGCCUCGACAUCAAGAACGUGAUGCACGUCAUCAACUACCAGUUGCCGAGCGCCUCCAACGGCGGCAUCACCGAGUACAUCCACCGCAUCGGCCGCACUGCGCGUAUCGGCAACGAAGGCCUGGCGACCUCGUUCUACAACGAGCGCGACACCGACAUCGCCGCAGACCUCGUCAAGAUCCUCCUCGAGAGCAAGCAGCCCAUCCCGGACUUCCUGGAGCCCUACAAGCCGGACGACUGCGAAAGGCUCAGCUUCCACGACGACACGGACGACGAGGACGGCGUCGAGAAUGGCGACGAGACCGUCGAGAACGGCGACGCCGCUGCUAACGGUGCGGCCUGGGGCGGUGUCGGCGAUUCUGUGCAUGCGGAUCUCAGCGCCAACGAUGCUGAUGCUCCCCAGGAGCUUCCGGAGUGGUAG